AUGCCGAACGAGUUGGAAGAGCUCGUUGGCUUCAUCGCCCAUCCUAAUCCCCAAAUUCGGCUGGCAGCCAUAGAAAACUUGGUGCCCUCUUCAACAGCCGAGCCGGCAAUCUUCAAGUCGGAGGGGCUGAAACCCGUCAAGCACCUGAAGCUAUUGGUUCGCGAUCAUCCUAAAAUUGCCAAUCAUGUCCUGACAAUAUUAAUCAACCUGUCUGGCGAUUCCGAUGUUCUGAAGGAUAUAGUCGAGGAUGGUAAAUUUAUAAGUGUUGCGCUUGAUCUCAUAGUUGGCCAAGAGGAGCCAAACUCGGACCUACUAGCCAUGCUCUUAGCCAACAUUGCCAAACAUGAUUCGUUCAGAACCGUCAUCGAGCGCAAGCAACAACCGCCAGACGCUCUCGGUUCCGACGACUCCGUCAUGAACCAGCUGAUGGAUCUUUUCGUCAAAGGCCAGGAUGGCGCGUACAACAAGAACGCCGACUUUGACUACCUCGCAUACGUUUUCGCAGAUCUCGCAAGGCAUUCCGAGGUUCGGCAAUAUUUCGUAACCCCGCAAGAGUACGACGGAGCAAUCCCCCUCACAAAGAUUCGAGUCUUUACAGAGCACAAGUCAGACGUUCGAAGGAAAGGCGUGGCUAGUACCAUAAAAAACGUCGCUUUUGAUAUUCCAUCUCACCCCUCGCUGCUUUCCGAGCAUAAGAUUAAUCUUCUACCUUACAUACUGCUUCCCAUAACUGGAAACGAAGAGUACGACGUUGAGGAUACAAUGGAAAUGUUGCCUGAUUUGCAGCUUCUAUCUCCCGACAAGCAGCGGGAUCCGGAUAGCCAAAAUAUUCAGACACAUGUCGAGACUCUAACGUUGCUGACAACAACGAGGGAAGGAAGGGAUCUGAUGAGGAAGGUCAAGGUAUACCCAAUCAUCAAAGAGACUCAUUUACGCGUUGAUGAUGAAGGCGUAAGGGAAGCAUGUGAGCGGUUGGUGCAAGUCAUCAUGAGGGACGAAGAAGGCCAAGAGCGAGCUGCUGGCGAGGACGAAAGGAUACAGGAGAUUAUAGAUGAAGAGGAUGAGAUUGUCGAGGUAUAA